GGAGCCGGCGGAGCUGGGCUGGGCUGGAGCCGAGGCCGUCCGAAGGAGCUGCAUGGGGGGCUCGGGCAGCCGCCUGCCCCGCGACCUGCUGGGCGAGUACCAGGAGCUGACCUUCCUGAGCAAGCAGGAGAUCCUGCUCGCCCACCAGCGCUUCUGCGCCCUGCUGCCCAGGGAGGCCCGCGGCCAGGCCUUGGAGACGCGGAUCCCCACGAGCAGCCUCCUGACGCUGCCCGAGCUGCGGGCUAACCCCUUCCGGAACAGGAUCUGCCGCGUCUUUUCUACAGCGGAGAACGGGGGAGACGACCUGUCUUUCGAAGACUUUCUUGACAUGCUGAGCGUCUUUAGCGACUCGGCUACCCCAGAAAUCAAGUCGCAUUACGCCUUCCGCCUCUUUGAUUUUGAUGAUGAUGGCACUCUAGAUAAGAAGGAUUUGGAGAAACUGGUAAACUCCCUGACAGGUGAAGGAGAAGACAGCAGGCUGAGCUCGCUGGAGAUGGACCAGCUCAUUCAGAACAUCUUAGAGGAAUCUGAUAUUGACAAGGAUGGGACCAUCAACCUCUCCGAGUUCCAACAUAUAAUUUCCCGCUCUCCAGACUUCACCAGCUCCUUCAAGAUUGUGCUCUGAUUCUUUUCCACGUUUUCCCUUCUUCCCCAACUGGCUCAAAGAUUCCACACCUCAGAAGAUGGCUCAGUUCUUUCAUGCCUCCCAGUCCAUGCAGUAAACAUCCCUAGGAUUUAUCUAGCUCUUACAGCCAGUUGCAGCCUGGCCUUGCAGUUAUACCCAUCAGCUGGUGUUCUUAUACGGAGUGGUGGGAGAAGAAAAUUGGGGGCUGUGGCUGCUACUCCCUGCUCCUGCUCCACCUUGUGGUUCUGGGUGGCUUGGGGUUACUGCAGUAGAAGACCAAAACAAGCAGAGCAAAUUGUGGCAGGACUUCUGUGCUGCUCCUGGGUCUUGCUGUCACCAUGGUUUUCUGGUUGCAGCUUGCUCACGGAGCAACCGACACUUCCCAAUUAAACUGUACACAUAAACUAGGCAUAUUAAAAGUUCUGAAUCACUGCAUAUUUCUCUUGCUUUACAAGGGGUGGGGAAGAGCAUCACCUGUGAGCCAGCCUCCUGAGCUUUAUGAAUAUGGACGUGACAUCAUUUUGCUUGACUUCUACAUUCUGCUAAAUAAAACUCAGCGAGUGGAACCUA